CAACACAUCAAUAAACUGCGGCGCUUCUAACAUCUGCAGUCUUUCCGUCGUUAAAUCAUCGUGUUCGUCAUCGCGUAUAGACAUGCUGCAGCAUGUUUUACUUCCUGCACCCACAGCAUAGCGAAAGUAACUUCAUAAGGGAGAAGAAUGAGUCUGUUUUUCAUUUCCUAAUCCCUAAUAUUCUUGUUCUUUUUGUACUCGCAUUACACCCAUUUCCGUUCUGCUCCUAGCCGUACACGAAGACUUGAGUGCAUUAUUAUUUUCUCAAUUUUUCUUUGACACGGAUCGGUCUCGCGGCAGACCAGCAAGAUGGGCCGCGGAACGGGGGCGAAGGUUUCUCGCAGCCGUCGCGGAUUCUACGAGAAGACAGGAGUGACAUUUCCUGUGCGGCGCAUUCAACGCUACCUGAAGGGUCACCACCUGGUCAACCGGAAGGCGCGUGUGUCCACCACGGGGGCGCUGUACCUGUCUGCAGUUCUCGAGUAUAUCGUGGCUGAGGUUCUGGAGCUGGCUGGUAUGGCUGCAAAGCAGAACAAAAAAGCCAAGGCAAAAACAACAAGAAUAAAUCCUCGAUGGAUUUGGUUGGCCAUUAAAAGCGAUGACGAAUUCCGAAAAUUAAUGAGAGGAAGUAUCAUGCCGGAAUGUGGUAAUCUGUGGGGCGGUACCGCUACGACAGGAACCGGAAAUGCAACGACGACUGCCCAGACGAAUACAUCGUUGACCACACCAAAGAUCCCCGUGAAAACUGUCCGCACGGUGAAAUCCACCACAAGAAAAACGACGGCCAAGGGACGUAAACCAGCUCCUUGGCAGUCAGUGCCGCAGCCGCUACAGGAGACGAUGCGGAACUGGGCGGAAACGUCGACGCUUGGAAGGACGUUGAUUUCUGGCGUCCAGCUGUCCAUACUGAAAGCUGACAUAGCAUCUGUUGAAGCCGACUGCUAUGUGAAUCCCACAUCUAGUUCCGUGGGAUUCGGUGGACAAGUCGGAUCGCGGUUGUCCAGUGUGGGCGGGGCGGCUUUAAUGACCGCUACACAACCUUUCAUGAGCGUGAACAUACCAAAUAACGGCGCUGUGAGGACACCGGCAGCUGGAUUGAAAGCUCAGCAUAUUAUCCACUGUAACAGUCCCUCUUGGAAUACCACAAAUGCCAUCCAGUCUCUGGAAGAAACAGUGAAAAACUGUUUGGAUGUUGUGUGCGACAACCAUAUUCGUACGGUGGCUAUUCCUUCCAUUGGAAGUGGAGGAAACCAAUUUCCAAAGCAAACCGCAGCUCGCACGAUUCUGGCAGCAAUUUCCCAGUACUUCAAGAAUAAGCCACGAGCCGAUAUCGAGACGGAGAAGAUUAUUUUCGUGCUCUUUGACAAACAAAGCGUCAACAUUUAUCGCACAGAAUUAGCCCGUUUAGUAGAAUAAUUAGUCAAGGAUUGCUCUAGUCUUUCGCCUUUUGGUUUGCUUUAUUAAUUUUUUCCACAGCCUUCAAGUUUUAAUUUUGUUCCUAGUUCCUAGUCGAGCAGAUGUUAACAAACAAAUUGUUUCUUUGGUACUUCUAGCCUUUCAAAUUCGCAUUCGGCAGCUUAUGUUUCGGUCCAAAAAGGGUGUGAUAAUUAAAUGUUAAAACGUAGAAUUAAAAAGUGUCUUGAA